AUGAGACUCCAUUAUUUAAUAUUGACGUUAUUAUCAUCACUUAUACCAUCAGUUCUUGCAGCUGUUGAUAUCACAUCUCCUGAAGAAGGUGAUCAAUUUUCAGGCUCAUCGGGUGCAGCCAGUGUGCAAAUUGAAUGGAAAGAUGAUGAUUCAGAUGGUGCAUUAUCAUUAGACAACGUAGAAUUUUAUACCUUAACCUUAUGUACUGGUUUAUCAGGAACUAUUCAACCCACUAAAGUAGUAUUAAAAGAACAACAAUUUCCAUCCAAACAAGCAACACUUAGUGUUUCGCAAAAUGAUUAUGCAAAUGGUUAUUAUUUUGUUCAAAUAUAUACCUCAUUUAAAAAUGGGGCAACUACAAUUCAAUAUACACCCAGAUUUAGAUUAACUGGAAUGAGUGGGACUGCUGGGACUUAUGUAGUCACAGUUACUGGUGACUCACCACAAGGACAAACAUCUGGUUAUGAUCCAGCUACAAAUCAAGAUUUUUCAUCAAGUUUUACAGUUCCAUACACUUUGCAAACUGGUAAGACAAGAUUCGCUCCUAUGCAAAUGCAACCAGGUUCAACUGUUACUGCGACUACUUGGUCAAGAAGAUUUCCAACAAGUGCUGUUACUUAUUAUUCCACAAAACAAAAAAGUCCAGUUGUUAUGUCAACUAUUACUCCAGGUUGGAGUUAUACUGCGAGCUCGGAAGUUAAUUGGGCAUCCGUAGCUCCUUAUCCCACAAAUUGGUAUGCUGCUAGUGAAAGGAAAGUAAGUCAUGCUAGCAUCACUGCUACAAAGAAAAAGAAGAGAUGGUUAGAUUAG